CAGCUGCAAAAGGAAAUAUUUCAAUUUAAAUGAUGUUCCGUAAUAAAACGAAUGUUUUCCACAAGAGCCGAUAUAAGAAAAUUCACGGAAUUUAUUGGAUUACCGCUGUACACAUACUUAAGGCUCAGCAGUUGUCAUAGCAACCAUUACUGAAAAACUGUCCACCAUCUUGGCACAAAUCGAGUUGUAGAUUAAAUGGAUUACACAGGCAGUAGCUACGAGGGAGAUUUAAAAAAUGGAAGAAUGGAAGGUAAAGCUGAGUACUUCUUACCUCCGGCACUAGAAACUAAAUACGUCGGUGACAUGAAGGACGGAAUGUUCCAUGGCGAUGGCACCCUGUUUUUCUCAAAUGGGAGCAAGUAUGUCGGAAAGUGGGAGAAAGGCAUUGCGGUUGAGGGUAAAUACACAUUUGCUGAUGGUUUGGAGUAUGAUCCAGAGGAUUGGGAAUACUGUGAUGGAUAUGACAGGAGAUUUUAUACUGAAAUGUGCAAUGGAUUAAAACCAGCUGGUCGUUCCCAGCUCACCAACCGCAUUCCACCUCGCGAGAUUCCCGAAGGCUGUUAUGACUGUGGCGACGGAUUCUACAACCCUGUGUCAAGGGUGAUUGUAGACUAUGAUUACAAGUUCCUCAGAAAUGCAGAUGAUGACGAACAUGACUGGAUUCUCAAAACAUGCAGGAAGGGUUGGGAUGAAAACGUCGGAUACAGACCAGAUCUUAUCAAGUAGAACCUUUGAUCGUCAGAGGGAUACGAACAGCAUCUGCUCUAGUCCAGGACAGUCAGAGGUCGUUCUUAAUACCGUCAGUUUGAACAAAGUUCAAGUUAAUAAUGUUCCGGACUUGAGACUGACGUACUCCGCCAUGAAAAUGUUUGCCGAACUAAAUAAUUUGUGCCCGUGAACAGAGUUAUGCCCCAUGCCAAUUGGAUGCAAAACCAAACCCAUUUUGAUUUAGUUACUGUUAAUUUUUAAUUCAUCAUACCGGUGUACCAGAAGACGAGAACCUUUCAGUGGACUUCCAGGGGAGUUAAACAUCGCUCGAAUUCGUUUGCUCGUUGAGGUUACCAACUUGUGUUAAUUUAAACCUUGUUUCUUUUGUCCAAAAUUUUUAUUUAUGUAGCUUGGUCCAGGGAAACAUGUUUCGUUCACGGGAAUAAAGUACAUGUACAGGACUAUAGAAUGUAACUUGUAAAUAAAAGAAUAUUUUUAGUGAA